AUGAUAGAUUCACACAAUGUAUUGCAUAAUUAUGAUCAAGCUCUUGAGACUACUGUGUCUAAACUCUGGGCCCAGAUCAAUGGUUUACAAGGACCCCAACCUGCCCCUCCACAAGAGAGUAACAAUUUUCUGUCAACUCUGGGAAAUAGAGCAGAGCAACAGGGCACUGACAAAGCUGUUUGGGAUAUUCAAAUAUCUGGGACAGACGCCUGUAAUAGGGGACAGAUAUUUGAAGCAGCAGUCGUGAAAUCUGCUAUUGAGUUUCAUUUCACUGGAGACAACAAAAAAGCUGCUUUUAACAUGUACGGGAUAGCUGCCAGAUUUGCCUGCAUUGUAAUCAAGAUAGUCUUUGAGUGA